AUGCCCUUCGACGACAUCGCUCUCACGCCUGAGUCGGUGAGGCAGGCCCGCGAGAGGAUAGCCGAGCAUAUAUAUCGGGCGGAUCUCCGCGUGUCCGAGUGGAUAAACAGGUUUGCGUCCUCGGAUCAGCCCGAGACCUACAGGACGGCCGCAACCACCAAGCCCGAGCCCAGACACGCCAAGAACUCUGGUGGCGGCAUCCUACGGCAGGGCAAGGGGCGGGAUGCGCCGCCGAGAAUCAAUCUCUACUUCAAGUGCGAAAAUCUGCAGCGCACAGGGGCCUUCAAGGCCCGUGGCGCCUUCCACGCGCUGAGCCGGCUGAUGGACGACCUCGGUGCCGACCAGAUGCGACACAGAGCAGUGACGACCGUGUCAUCGGGCAACCACACGCAAGGUCUCGCGCUCGCAGCCGCGACAUUUGGCGUACCAGCCGUCAUCGUGAUGCCUCGGACCAGCACGCCUACUAUGACAGGAGGUAUCAAGGGUCCCAAGGGGGAGAUUGUCCUGUGUGGCGCCUCCAAUGAGGAGAAGCAAACCGCGGCGGCAGAGAUAAUCAAGGGACGGGGUUGCAUCUUUGUGCCACCUUAUGCACACCCGGACAUCAUAACCGGGCAGGGAACGUGUGCGCUGGAGCUGGAGCAGCAGUUCAUGGCCCUGAACUCGGGUUCCGAUACGGGCCUCGACAUGGUGAUAGCUCCAAUCGGAGGCGGUGGCCUCCUCGGCGGCAUAGCGACGUGGUUCAGCGACAAGCCGAACACCAAGGUCUUUGGCGCCGAGCCGUCGUUCCAGGGCGCAGACGAUGCCAGGAGGGGUUCUCACCCACUCAACGGGUAA